GUCGCGAUCGACACACACGCGCAGUCAUAUCUUUCACGGUGACCGAAGCAGCCGAACAGCGCGCACGAGAGACAGAAAAUAAUUUUUUAUAACGGGACGAUUGAAUAUUAUACGAUUUCGUUGCUAUUUUAUAGGUACGCUGUAUCGAUUUUUAUUUCGUCGACAUCAAAAUGUUAUUAUUGUUGGACGUGCGCACUUACAUAUUUCCCGUGCGAUGGUCAUACGCAACUGUAACUGACACGCGAGUGGUGUGAAAAUCAUAACAUUACAUUGUGUUUGUCGAAAAGAUAAUAAUAAUAUUAUUUAUUAUUAUUAUUAUAAAAUAAUUCACAUUUUUCCGGCGUGCGUUUGUAUUCGUACUCUUGUUUUUAUUUAUUUUUUGCUUGAUAUCCGGCCUUCGUUUCCGACAAACUCCAUCGCGUUCGGUCCUAUAAGAGUCUAUCGAGACGGCCGCUAUUGGUCGCCAUGGCCAGCAGCAAUGUGUGUUUCGAGUGACGCCGAGGGUCCCAGAGUUCCGCGUGGCUCUUGCAAAUAGAUUUAUUUUGAUAAUAUUGUUAUUAAAAGCAUAUAACAAUCGUAUUAUUAUAUUGAACGUUUUCUAAACCGAGCAAAAAUGAUUAACUUCCUGUUGUCGUGCGACACGUACACGGUCGCGGUGACCGCGCUGCUAGUGAUCGUGCUUCUGUACUGGGUGUUCGAAGUGCACUAUUUCGCCCGGACCCUGUGGUGUGCGACAAUGUGCCGGAUCAUGAAGAAGUACGUGCACAUACUGGACACUACUUCGUACUCUUCGGCGUGCCUGACCACGGACGUGGACUUCCUGCUGUUCCACAUGAAUAACUCGAGGUACCUGCGGGAGGUGGACUUCGCCCGGACAGAGUUCUACACGCGCACCGGGCUGUGGACGGCGAUCCGGGAGAAGGGCGGGCUGCCCGUACAGGGUGGCACCAGCAUCCGGUACCGGAAGUUCAUCCGGACGUUCAGCCUGUACAGCAUAUCGUCCCGGAUCAUUUACUGGGACCGGGACUCGAUUUACAUGGAGCACCGAUUCGUGAGCCGGGGCGACGACUUCGUCAACGCCAUCGUGCACUGCCGGCAGAGGGUGAUCAACUGCGACGUCGAGGUGCUGAUGGGCGAGUUGCUGGUCAAGGGCGCCAAGGAGAGGCCAGGUGACCUGGAGGAGGCGCCACGGAUGAAGCCCGAAUGCCCGCUGGAGAUCCACCACUGGAUUCAGGCGAACCUCGUGUCCAGCGCCAACCUGCGAAACGGAAACUGAUCGCGCCUCCCCAACGACCCCCUCAUUCCCACCCCGCCCGACUGUUCAAGUCCUCGAAGCCGAUUCAGCAGUGAGCUCGCCGAGGCCUGCCGUUUCGAGACCGUCUCGAGGACGACAACGACGACGACGACGACGACGAUGAUUCAGAGGACGGUCUCAGAUCCCGAGGAGGACGACCUUCCUCGGGAGACGUCACCGAUCGGAUUCCGGUAGGUUUACGCGGCUUUUUCGAUUUUGGUCGCUUGUCCGCGUCGGAGCCAUAGGUCUCACGGUUCCCCGGUCGUCUUUAAACCUUGAUGACGGGACCAUCAUAAUAAUAUAUUAUACCACAUUUUAAUUACCUAUUACGUUUUUUGACUGAAUUUUAACGUCACUUUACGUCGUUAUGUGAACAUUAUUUUCUUAGGCCAUGCAUUUACAAUCGUAACCGUUUACGUAGGACGUCGCUUUUUUAAUUUAUAUCUUUUAUUUUAAUUAUUUAUUAUUUAUUUAUUUGACGGGUGACUCCGCAUUUCGUGUAAUUCGUUUUAUCCAAUCGCACUCACCCGUGUUUUUGAAAAUCUAAUUAUUGCUUAGCCCUGCUACAAUUUGUCAUUGUUUUGGGAACGACUUAAGUACUCGAGAGCUGAUUUAUGUAAAUUAUAAUUGUUGUAACUCUAUAAUAAUAUUAUGAUCGAUGCAAUUCUAGUCAUUAGUUUUUUUCAUAAUUUCGUUUUAUACACAAUACUUUUGUAACUGUAAGAUAAAUAUGUUUUUUUUUAAACUUAGCCUGUACAAAAAAUAACUUGGUUUCAAUAAUUAUUAUUUUAAUAUUAUAUUCUGUUAGAAUUUUUUUUAGUGUGAAAACACGAGUACUGAUGUUCUGGAUCCUUGUACAAUUUAUUAAUUUCGGGUAGGCAUAGGCUAAUAACUGAUCUUGAUUGUUUUGAAUAUUGUGAUAUUGUAUAUUACAUAAAUUUUUUUUAUAUCUGUAUAAGUACUGUUUUUUUUUUGUGGACUCUGUGUAAAAAAGAGUGAGUCGUACGUGCUUACAACUGUUUUACUGAAGCGUAGACACGUUCGUUGUUUAUUGUUUGUUAGCAACGAGCGAAUUUGAUAAGUGUAAGCCA